AUGAGCAAAGAAGACGACUGGACUGGUACUACGAAUGCUGCAGCACGUAGACGGGCACAGACUAGACUCAAUACCAGGGCAUACCGUAAACGAAAAGCUCUCGCCAAAAAAAGCGGAGAAUCGAGCAUUUCGACGGAUACGGAUACGAUGAUUAAGUCAGAAAUGCUAGUGGAAUGCUGGGACUUUGACAAGCAGUCGAUUUCUCUCAUCCCAACAUCUCAAGCCAAGCAGCUGUACAAUCCGAGAAGAGCCUUGCUACCAAGCAAACCUGGAGUGAAGCAAUUUGAUAUAAUCUUUCCACCAUGUCCAGAUCAUCUCAUCCCACUCCUCCAAAUCAACGCUCUCCGAGCCUUGGCCGUCAACCGCACAUUAAUAUCUGGGAUCCUGGCCACGCCGCUGGAUUGCGCCGGCAGCGCCGCAGAGGAAAUUAUUCACACCAUUCCAUACCCUUCUAACCCUAAAAUUGUUCCUCCAACUCUUCUACCGACUGUCCUGCAACAAACAGUCCCACAUUGCGAUUGGAUCGACUUGUUUCCGUCUCCAGAAGGGCGAGAUCGCCUCAUCCUAGCAAGCGGUACGUUCGAUGAAGAUGAUCUAUGGGCAGACUGUGUUGGUGGGCUCUAUGAGGGCUUUCCAGAGGAAGAGAUUACCAAACGCGGCUUUGUCGCAUGGUCCCCGCCUUGGGACAUCUCGGGCUGGGAGAUGUCGGAAGGAUUUCUGUCGAAAUGGGGAUGGUUAGUCAAGGGAUUGCCUGGAAUAUUGGAAGCUACAAAUCGCUGGAGGAUACAAAGAGGCGAAGAGCCACUCCCAGAUGAUGGGACACUGUCGUAG